AAAUACCAGGCGAGGGCUUCAUAGAGUAGGCUUGUGCUGGUUACAGGCAAAUACUGACAGAGCACUAAAGGCAAAACUUUUAGCACAAGUUAACCGCCUUGGAUUUUAAUUUUCCCUGGACUUAAAGAAAAUGUCUGAAAGAUUUGACGAACAAUUGUUGAUGAACGUUAUAAACAUGACUUUGAACGAGUCAUACAACCGGGAGCAGCAACAGGUUAAACCUACCGGCCCCAAAAUCACAAACCCCUUAACUUCAUCUUACCAACGCUCCAGUUAUAUGUUCAAUAGCGCUGAACAGCUCGACGACGCCCCCUGUUGGUCGUUCGACAGCAACCAUUGGAGCCACCAAGAACCCAACAAGAGUCUUAAUCAAUUCAGGACUGAUCGAUCCAUGAGCCUGACUGACAAUAGUAUCUCGGGAUUCGGAGGAACAAAGACCCUAGCUGUGCCUCCACCCCCGGGAUUCCCACCUCUGAGUGCCCAGACACCCCUCCCGUCCAACCGCUACAAGACGGAGCUCUGUCGCAGCUUUGAAGAGAGUGGCAUCUGCAAGUAUGGGAGCAAAUGUCAAUUCGCCCAUGGAGCCAGCGAGCUGCGUAGCCUAAGCCGUCACCCCAAGUACAAAACAGAGAUGUGCCGCACAUUCUACAACUUCGGCUACUGUCCUUACGGACUCCGCUGUCACUUUCUCCACCAGGAAAGGCUUUCUUCUUCUAACGGCUUGCAACUAAACCAGACCCCGCAGUCUCAGCAGCAAACACGUCUGUUCCGCCAGAGUGUCAGUUUUGCCGGCUUCCUGGGUUCAAGAAGCUCCCCUCCUCCCUCUCUCCAAGACCCGCUGGGCUUCUCGCGUGCCCCGUCGGUGUCGCCACCUCCUGCUGAGCUGCAUUUGCCAGUCUUUACCAGCGAGGCUGCGUCACAGUCCACCAAGAACGCGUUCCAGUUUUGCAAAAGUCAUCAGAACCUGAGCGAAAUCAACCGCGUUCCUCAUAUUUUGGAGCCCAAUAACAGCUCGUGCUGCCUCUGUGGCGUCGGGAAAAGUUUCCAGUCCCCCCUCGGCAAAAUGAGUACAAAAGACGACCAGAAUGUAUUCAUUCCACGCCCAAACCUCCAGCGUUGCGCCUCCGACGAUUCGCUCUCGGACCGGGACAGUUACAGCUCAGGCAGCCUCAGCGGCUCCGAAUCUCCCACCUUUGAUAGCUUGGGGAACAAACGCCUUGUGGUUUUCACUCGGUUGUCUGUUUCCGACUAAACAAACAAAAAUCAGGAAAAGAAGAAAAAAAAAGACUUUUAAAAAUUAAAGCAGAAUGAAUGAUGAGACAUAAACACUUUAUAUAAUAUAUUUAUAUAUGAAUAAUUACUGCUUAUUGAAAUGUUUUUUUUUUUUUUUGGUACACAAUCUUAUAACAAAAAAGCUUUAUUUUUUAUAAAUAUAUAUUCUAUAGCGUACCUUUUUUUUCUCAAUCUUGUCUUCCGUUUAAAAUGGAACAUGGCCUUAUUUACAAUUCCAAGAAAAAAAAGUACUUCUAAAUGCAGAGCCAUAUAUAUAUAUAUAUAUAUAUAUAUAUAUAUAUAUAUAUAUAUAUAUAAUGUUAUUUUCAAAACAGUACGUUUAUUUUUAAGUUUACUUUAAUACUAACCAGGAAAGAAAGCUACUUGCUAUUCAAUACAUAGCCAAAGAUGUAUGUUUCCAUAAUGUGCUGUUUUGAAAUCUGCAUUCUUACUAAAUAUCAGUAUUUUAACAAAUAAGCAUUUUUUUUUUUUUUUUUUUUACCAUUAAAUGUGACAAACUUGAAACAAAAAUAUCCACUAUAUUGUUGUUUUGCACUUUAGGUACAAACUGGGAAUACAUCUCAGUGUGUAGCAUUUUAUUAAAGCUUUAUAUUUCUUUGAAAACACUCUACUUUAAGUGCUUUUUAGUAGGUGAGCGGACAGUUAUCUCUCAUAAAAUAAUGUAUCGUUUAUGUGUGGUAAAAAUAAUUUAGGGGGUUUACUGUUUGCCCAUUGGCUAUGACGUCUUUCACGGAUUGUGUAAAAUAGUUCAUUUAAUUAGAUGAACAAGAUGUUUGUAUUUUUAAAAUUCAGUGUUUAAGAAGUAUAAUUUAAAGCAAAAGAUGAGUACUUCAGACACCUGUUUGUGGACUGAAGUACAAAGCUGAUCACAAAAAAAUAUUUGAACAGUACAGUGCUUUUCCACUUCCUUAAACUUUUUUUUUGUUAAUUUGUUCCUAAAGUCUUGUUAUAUACUACUAUAUUUAUUAUGCAUAUUUAUUGAAAACAAAAUUCAGUGUCCUUUUUUAUGUAUUUAUCUGAAAUAAUCGUAUUUUGUGGGGGUGUCUUGCUAAAAGUGAGGCGCAUGUGGCUACUGAAAUUGAUUUUUAAUUGUUCAAAAAUAAAAUAAAGAACUUUAAAAAAGCUA